CAACUGGCAUCAGCCUCGGCGCUGGAGACAAGCUUGGUGGGCCUAUGAAAAGUCACGUCAAGUGGAGGCAAAGGGCCAAAGUCGUACUGAAACGAUGGAGAGAGGCAAAAUCUCCACCUCCAUCCCUGUUGCGCGCCAGCUACGCUGUUCCGCCACUGAUGGUCCUCGUGGUAAUGUGGACGGGCAGUGCGCCGGGUCCACCAGUCUCUUACGGGCUUAUCAGAACGCGUCGCAACAUCUGACUUCGUCGGGAAUUAAAAUGGGUUUGGGGAUACUUAAAGUGGCCUCGUCGCAGUGGAAAAGGGAAAAGAAGACGCGCUCAGAUGUAGCCGUAAAGCAAAUGUCCACAGCCAACAGCUGCCACCCCUGCAAGAGAUCCCCCCUUGAUCAUCUGGCAGCUCUGGUUCUCCGGGGGGGAGCGGAGCGCCAAAGUGGCCAAGAGCGAGCACCGACCAAGCCUCAGAACUGCAAGCGCAUCGUGGUUCUCGGUGCGCCCCGGGUCGGCAAGACCUCUAUCCUGAGAAGAUACCUUAGGGACGGAUUUGUGGAGGAGUACAGUCCCACCUCCGAGGAUUUCCUCAGGAAAAUGUUUCAUAUCCGUGGAGAGACGUACCAAAUUGAUGUCCUGGACGCAUCCGCGGAAAGGGAUUUCCCCGCCAAGAGGCGGCUGUCUAUCCUCACCGGUGACAUCUUUCUCUUGGUAUUCAGUGUAGAUGAACGAAGCUCUUUCGAAGAGGUUUGCGCCCUGCGAAUGGAGAUUAUUGCCGCCAAAUCCAAGCUCACCAAAUCCGCGGUGCCGGAUCGUUACGCACAGCCACAGGUUGCCCUGGUGGUCUGCGCCAAUAAGGUGGAUAUUCUCAAGUCUGAGGGAGGAAUAUCUAAGGCAGAGGUGCUACAGGUCCUCGGAGAUGACUGCGCUUAUUUUGAAACAUCUGCAAAGGAAAGCACGAAUUUAGAGAAGGUCUUCGAAACUUUGGCAAAGCUAGGUGGACUUCCGACUGAAACUGGCCCGUCUCUGCAUCGCAAACUCUCCAUCCGAUCCUACCAGGCCAUGUGGUCAGGCCGUGUGCCUGCGAAGGGCGGUCAGACCGCGGGACGCGAUGAAGCCUGCGGUGCCUUGUACCCACUGGUCCGUCGGCCAAGUUUUAGCACGGACCUCCGACAUGUUAUUGGCUCACAUAGUAAAAGAAAUGCGGGCAAAGGGUUGGAAAAAUGUCAGAUUCAGUGAGAGACAAAACAAGGAUAUGUACAUAAUAUAAUGCAUCAUUGUCUAAUUCAAUUCAAUUUCAAAUGAAAAUAGUUCAAAUAUAAAUGCUUUGUUAUUUACCAAAUAAUCAGUGCGUAUAUGUAUGUAUACAUAAAUAUAUGUAUGGAUGUUUCUUUAUCAAUUUUUAUACAUCUAUCCAUUGCGUGCGUGCAAAGCUGUUUGUGUGCGUGCAUGCAUGAGUGAAUGCUUGUGUGUGUGCUGUACCUUUUUCACUGUAACACUGGAGGAUGUUUAAUCAGGAACUUUAUUAUUGUAGCCAUGACUAUUGUAUAACCUAAAAUAAUAUAUAGUCGACAGCAACUCCUUCUCACGUCCACUCUUCUUUUCAUCUCCAUGUGUGUGAACGUGUGUGUGUGAAUGUGUUUGGUGUAAACCUGCAGUCAGAAUGAUAAAGCCCACAAUCCCACACAGCCUGAGCAAUCAGCUUAGGUUUUCAGUUGUAAAGUUAAACCUUCCAACACAAGUGACCUCCGGCCCGCCACUCAGUGGGCGUUCGCUCACUUGAUUUUGUGAAGUUGAAGAGUCCUGCAGUGUGUUGGGAACAGUCAUGAGGGAGAAGUGUUGGUCUGCUCUGACUCAUCUCAUCUUACAAAGCAAACCUCUGUAGCACCAAGACAUGACAACAUGGGACGGAAAAUGAUUGAAUAAAAUUUGUUUUUGUAAUGUU